GUAGCAGAGUCAGGCGCUACCGGGAUGCAGGAGGCAUCUACAAGGAAGGAAUAACAUAACAACACAGCUUUGGCAGUCAGUCGGAGGCAUCAGUCCAGCCAGUCUAUUCCCUUUUUUUCUUUUCUUCUUCUUUACAUUUGAUCACCCUCUUCAUCCUCAUAAUCUUCUUAUCCUCCUAUCCGCAUCUUCUCUCAACUUCUACUUCUCCCUUUUCUUGUCCAAUUUUAGAGGGUUCUUUCUUUCUUUCUUUCUUUCUUUCUUUCUUUCUUUCUUUCUUUCUUUCUUUCUUUCUUUCUUUCUUUCUGUCUGUCUUUCUUCUUCUUCUUCUUCUUCUUCAUCUUCUUUUUCUUCCAACUCCUUUUUUUCCUCCUCUCCCACCUUCUGGCUUCAAGAUCUUUUUGGACCGCAUUUAGAUUUGGAACCUUUUUUAUUUCCAGUAUAGAACAAGGGCUAUUUAUUUGAUCUCUGAAGAGGAGCAAGAUGAACUUUGGUCUGGGCUUCAAGCCCCCGGCGGGGGAGUCAAGCUCCUCCAUGGACAACCUGGAGAAGCAGCUGAUCUGCCCCAUCUGCCUGGAGAUGUUCACCAAGCCCGUGGUCAUCCUACCCUGCCAGCACAACCUCUGCCGCAAGUGCGCUAGUGACGUCUUCCAGGCCUCCAACCCGCUGUGGCAGACUCGCGGCUCCUCAGCCAUGUCCACGGGCGGCCGCUUCCGCUGCCCCUCCUGCCGGCACGAGGUGGUGCUGGACCGCCACGGCGUCUACGGCCUGCAGCGCAACCUACUGGUGGAGAACAUCAUCGACAUUUACAAGCAGGAGUCCAGCAGGCCCCUGCACCCCCAGGCAGAGAAGCAGCAGCAGCAGCAGCAGCAGCAGCUGAUGUGUGAGGAGCACGAGGGUGAGCGCAUCAACAUCUACUGCCUCACCUGCCACACGCCCACCUGCUCCAUGUGCAAGGUGUUCGGGCAGCACAAGGACUGUGAAGUGGCACCGCUGCAGAACGUCUACAAGAGGCAGAAGACGGAGCUCAGUGAUGGCAUCGCCGUGCUGGUGGCGGGUAACGACAGGAUGCAGGCCAUCAUCGCUCAAAUGGAGGACAUCUGCAGAACCAUAGAGGAGAAUGGCUGCCGGCAGAAGCAAGCGCUGUGCAACAAGUUCGACGUGCUCUACGCUAUCCUGGAGGAGCGCAAGAAGGAGCUGGUGGAGAGCAUGAGCCACGAGCAGGACCGCAGGCUGCGGCACGUGCGCGGCCUCAUGCGGCGCCACGGCGACCACCUGGAGGCCUCCGUCAAGCUGGUGGAGACGGCCAUCCAGUCCAUGGAGGAGCCGCAGAUGGCCAUCUUCCUCCAGAGUGCCAAGGAUGUGUUCCAAAAGAUCACCGACAUGGCGAAGGCGUCGGACCUGGAGCGGGCAGAGCCGGGCUACGAGAGCAUGGCCCACUUUGCCGUCGACACAGAGGACGUGGCCGACGUGCUCAGGGCCAUCGACUUUCAGGCGGGCCCCCAGUUGGAGGAGGAUGAUGAUGAUGAGGAGGAAGAUGGUGAUGACCUGCCAGCUACUGAUGGAGAUCCCAGGAAACAUUAGAGACAAGCCUGCAUCUGCAUCAGGACAUUAUCUGUGGCGAAGACAGACGGGUAAACGGAUGACGGUGGAUGACAACGGCAGAUCAAGGGAUGGUGUGUGCAAUCCCCUCAUUGUACCACACAAUACUACUGACGGCUCUGUGCGCGGUUUGGGGUUGUAGGCCCCCUAGCUCAACCUGCAAAUGAUGCAUGACUCAAGCAGAGAUCGCACAAUUCUGACUAAAGUGUUCCCUGUGUGUUGCUGGUGCGCUAUGAUGCAUUCUGAUGGUGUUUUUGUUUUUCUGCGUCACACAUUCUGAAAGCACACAAACAAACAUGAAGCACAAAACUGUUUCUUUUUCAAACAACAUGCAUGGAUUUUUCCCCACACUGGUUUAACUUUACAAUAGCAUGUAUGUCAUGCAUGUCAUUACUUUCUAGAACAGUGGUUUUCAACCUUUUUUGAGCCAAGGCAUACUGUUCCUUUUUUGAGGACAAAUUACCAAGGCACACCAUCAAUUGCAAAUGUUUCGUGAAAAAUAAAAGCCUAUUGCCUAUAUUAACAAUGUACAAUCCUUCUAUAAUUUUCCAUGCACAGCAGAUGAUCUAUCACGGCUCAUCCCCUGCAGAGUGGUUGAAAAACACUGUUCUAGAACAGUACACUUUGAAGGAUCCAGGUGGUUUUCAUUGUACAACAUGGGGAAAAAAUAUUAGGUAGGCCUACAUGAGUUGUAUCCAUAGCCACAGCUUCACAACGUGUCUGUGAUAAAGAGAGACCGAUAUUGUUGGGGGCAUGCUGGGUUGUUCAUUUCAGUCAGUCCAUGUAUUUUACAACACACAUAGCCUACUCAUUAUAUAUUAUCAUAUUCUGAUGAACACAUUUCAUUAUAUUAUUGCAUGUGUAAGUUUGAUUGCCUUGUUGCAAGUAUGUACUUUUUUAUUGAAA